UUAAGUACCUCACCUAUCUCUUCCCUUCACCACACUCUCCGUCCAUUUCCAAUCCAUGAGCAAAAUGGCGCUGCGAAGACUUGGCCUCAUGUCAUCAACCUUCCUUGUGAUGGCUCUCUCUUUCGUAAUUAGCUUCCUCUCUUUACUUGGCCAGCUCAGGCCAUGGCCUGCCACCCUUCCUCAGGGCCUCCUCUCCCUCGACAUCGCCGACGAGCUCCAUUAUGGUCCCAACGCCACCGCCCGGUUCUCCAUCGACUAUGGCCGCCUCACCGAAGCGGCACCUGCGGCCGUGCUCUACCCGUCGUCUCCCGACGACAUCGCCUCCCUCGUCCGGUUCUCCUACGCCUCCCCCCGGCCCUUCGUUAUAGCCGCCCGAGGCCACGGCCACUCGAUCAGGGGCCAGGCCUUUGCCCCUGGUGGCGUGGUGGUAGACAUGGCAUCGCUAGGCCGCGGCCGCAGGGCCCGCCGCCGCGACCGGAUCAAAGUGCCGCUUGACGUCGUGCACCGGCUCCUGUACGUCGAUGCUGGAGGCGAGCAGCUCUGGAUCGACGUCCUGCGUGAGACGCUCGAGCAUGGCGUUGCACCCCGCUCGUGGACUGAUUACCUCUACCUGACUGUCGGCGGCACGCUCUCGAACGCAGGCAUAAGCGGCCAGGCCUUCCGGCACGGCCCGCAGAUCUCCAACGUUCAUGAACUCGAUGUCAUCACCGGUACCUCGCACCUCUACGCAUUCACGAAUCACUCUGACCUCUGUUUUCAUUUUCUUCGAUGUCCUCUGUUACACUCUCUUUUGACGUUAUGUUCUUCUUGGACAGGGAAAGGCGACAUGGUGACAUGCUCCCGUGACGUCAACUCAGACCUGUUCUACGGGGUCUUGGGAGGACUCGGCCAACUCGGCAUCAUCACCAGAGCUCGAAUCGCCGUGGAACCAGCGCCGCAACGGGUCCGGUGGGUGCGGUUCAUCUACACCGACUUCGGCUCCUUCAUAAACGACCAGGAGCUACUGAUCUCCAUCUCGGAGGAGGGUUUCGAUUACGUGGAGGGACAGCUGCUUAUGAAGAAUGGAGCAGCUAACUCUUCCUUCUUCUCAGAGAGAGACUCGGAGAAGAUCAAAGUGCUCGCAGCUGAGUUCGGUGUAAUCUACUUCUUGGAAGGAGCUAUAUACUAUGAGUUAGCCACGGCCUAUUUGGUUGAUCAGAAGCUAAAAUUGCUGCUUAAAAAGCUGAGCUUUGUCCCUGGCUUCGCGUUCACGAAAGACGUCUCCUACCUCCGUUUCCUCGACAGAGUUCACCAUGACGAGAUAAAGCUGCGUCCCAUGGGCCUGUGGGACGUUCCCCAUCCAUGGCUGAACCUGUUCGUGCCCAAGUCCAGAAUGCGAGACUUCGAGACUGGGAUCUUCCGGGGGAUCCUGAUCGAGAACAACACCCCCAUGGCAACGGUCCUCAUCUCCCCCAUGAACAGGAGCAAGUGGGAUGAGAAGAUGUCAGUGACGAUCCCUGACGAAGACAUAUUCUACGCCAUCGGUAUCCUGAGAUCUGCCACGAUGGACGACUGGAAGCACUUAGACGACCAAAACGACGAAAUAUUGAGGUUCUGCAACCAGGCAGGGAUCGAAUUCAAGCAGUAUUUGCCGCAUUACACGACACGGGCGGACUGGAAGAAGCACUUCGGCCUCAAAUGGGAUACGUUUGUGCAGCUGAAGAGAAGAUACGACCCCAAAGCACUGUUAUCACCCGGGCAGCAAAUAUUUACGACCUCGCUGUAGCUCAUAUCUCGGAGUACGUACGUACGUGCGUACGUAACCCACGCCAUGCAUGCACAAGCUGCAAUCCACCUGUGGAACGUCCACAGCAUUCAUCACGUAACCUGAUGUAUUAUCUGCCACAUCUCGUAUGAAUCCCUUCUUAAUUACCCAC